CUCCUGUCCUAUCUUAAUAAACACCUCGACCCCUUGCCUUCCCCCUGGCUCUCGCACAGCUCCCGAGUCACAAGACUGAAGAAAGCCAAAAAGAAAGUAAAAAGAAGAGAAGAAAAAUGAAGAAAGAACAGUAGACUCGAGGAGUUUUUAUCAAUUACGGGUGGAAAAUUGUGCAAGCGGUGCUAGGCGGAGUGCGAAAUGGGCGGAGAACCUAAAGUCAGUACCGUGGACUUGAACUUGUGCUUCGAGAGGUUGAUGAUGGUUGGCGGUGCUAUUGACGGGCUUGGAGUUGAGAAAAUGAAGAUGGAGGGCGUCGUGAUCACUGAGUGGAAGGAUAUCCCGAUGGAGCUGUUGUUGAGAAUCAUUUCGCUUGUUGAUGAUCGGACAGUAAUCAUGGCUUCUGGCGUCUGUAGUGGGUGGAGGGAUGCCAUUUCCUUUGGCCUGACCCAUCUGUCUCUCUCCUGGUGCAAAAACAACAUGAACAACUUAGUUCUAUCUCUUGUUCCUAGAUUCACCAAAUUGCAAACGCUGAUACUGCGGCAAGAUAAACCACAAAUUGAGGAUAUUGCUAUUGAGACAAUAGCAAAUCAUUGUCAUGAUCUCCAUGACCUGGACCUAAGCAAGAGCUUCAAGCUAAGUGAUCGCGCUCUUUGUGCGUUGGCCCAUGGUUGCCCUAACCUCACUAAACUCAACAUCAGUGGCUGUACCGCAUUCAGUGAUAAUGCUCUUGCAUACUUGACAGGGUUUUGCCGGAAACUAAAAGUUUUAAAUCUUUGUGGAUGUGUAAAAGCUGCAUCUGACACUGCACUGCAGGCUAUUGGAUGCAACUGCAACCAAUUACAGUCUUUGAAUCUGGGUUGGUGUGAAAAUGUGAGUGACUUAGGAGUUAUGACUUUAGCAUAUGGAUGCCCUGAUCUCCGGAAUGUCGACUUGUGUGGCUGUGUCUGCAUAACAGAUGAAAGUGUGGUUGCUUUGGCAAACAGGUGUCUCCAUCUGGCAUCCCUUGGGCUAUACUAUUGCAGAAAUAUCACAGACAGAGCAAUAUAUGAACUCAUAUAUUCACUAGCCCGGAACGGAGUGAAGAAACCAGGGAUUUGGAAGUCCAUGAAAGGAAGGUUUGAGGAAGAAGGGUUGAGGAGUCUGAAUAUCAGCCAGUGCACAGCGCUCACCCCACCUGCUGUUCAGGCACUUUGUGAUACAUUUCCCGCACUUCAUACCUGCUCCGGGAGGCAUUCGUUGGUCAUGAGUGGCUGUCUGAAUCUAACAUCCGUACAUUGUGCCUGUGCGUUCCAAGCACACCGCACAGCCAGCAACAUUCCUCAUCCAGCUCAUUAAUUGGCAUGAAUUAAGUAAGGUUUCAGGCACACACUCUUCUUUUUGUGGGCAUAGAUAAGGAAGAAGGGUGCCUUAUGUAUAUAGAGUUCUGUUGGAAGGUAGGCUGCAAAUUGCAGAUGUUUCUUUCUUGUAUGGCUGUGUAUAUAAGCCCAAGCUUGUCUGCUCUAAAUUUUUGAAUUGAAGUAGGUGGAAGUUUACCUUGUUUGCUUAUGGAUUGUGGAUAAUUAUGCAGUGGAAAUAUAAACCUGUUAUGUCCUGAAGUGUCCCUAAAA